AUGUACCAGAGAGGGAGGCCCCCCCUGUGGAUGGAGCGGCGGCGACGUCCGCGCGCCCUUUUUUUCGCGGUGGUGACAUGUAAGGACUCACGGGGGCGAAGGCCUCAAAAAGCGAAGCCGGAGGCCCCUGGCGGCUCUCCGCAUGUACCCCACAGGCGUCCCGACACUUGGGCCCUAUCAGGGGGACGGCCUCCGGGGGGAGAAGGGCGCCCCCGAAGGCGGCCGCGGUCGCGAGGCCUGGCUCCUUUGGCCCUCAUGGGGGGCAGCAGGUGGCAAACUCCUCCGGUGAGGAGCCCGCACACGGGAGGUCUGUGGGGUACAUGCAACACGGCAAGAGGGUCAUGCCUUGCCAACUGCUGCCCUCGGAGGCCCUCCACCCCCCAAGGGGUUCCCCCAGUGAGGAGCCCGCACCCGGGAUAUUGGUAAGGUACAUGCAACACGGCAAGGCGGUCAAGCCUUGCCACUUGCUGCCCUCGGAGGUCCUCCACCUCCCCCGGGGCUCCCCCAGUGAGAAGCCCGCACCCGGGAGAUCUGUAGGGUACACACACCACGGCAAGGGGUGGCAAGUCUUGCCACCUCUGCCGCCUUCGGAAGCCUUCCACCCCCGGCCGUCGGUGCUUGAACCGCCUCAGGGGCUUGGGCUCUGUAGGGUACACGCACGAAGCCGCGAGGGCUCGAAGGUGGGCGUUUGGAGGCCUUUCCGCCCGGCAGUCUCUCGAAAAAAAGGGCCCGGGGCUGGAGGCCCCUCCCCUCAAAAAGUUGCAUCGGGGGAACCUUCCGCCUGGAGCCCUGGGGCUUACUUAUGAUGUAUAUCCUCGGGUUAGUUUUCCUUUUCGUGUUCAGUUGUGCUUCAUAUUGC